ACAAGCUUCUCAGACUCCUACUAAAACCUCACUCUCCACCUCGUACAAAGAGGAACUUGAAUUUGAAUCAUCCACAUUCAGAAUAUAAAACUACUUUAUCUCGUGCAAUUGUUCUUUGUGUCCUGUAUUGCUUCAUCACUACGCCUCCCAUAUCUCCUACGAUCUCAUUCUCCAGCUAGUACGAAGGGGAACUUGAUCUUAUAGUCGUCAUCCAAACCACAUUAUCCAGUCACCAUGUCUCCUACAUCUCGAGCUCCGACCAUGCGCAUGAACCCUUCUGGCACGCGUGACAUGCCCACAUUCAUCGACGAACUUGCUAAAGAUGAGGCGAAAAACCAACCAAAGGGCGACUCGGAGAGUACAUUUUCCGACGCUUCGACACUCCAAUGCAACGAGCAAUCUCCGAAACCAAAACGCGGGCUUUUCCGUAGGCUCAUCUCUUCAUCGCUAUCCGCAAAUCAAGAUGCAGUCAAGGAGUAGAUCAAGGGGGUGGCCAUCCUUGAUUGAAUAAUGAGGAUUUGAAUUGAGCCCUUUGAGAGGGUGGUUGCUGUUUCUACGUGCCCUCUACUUAACGUCUGGUCUACUGUCAUAUUGUUCAACCUUUGUUAGAAGUGGGGUGUUCGGUAUCUGGCAUUUCCGUAUCUGCGCUAGUCCGUAUCUGCGCUAGUUGAUUUUGUAGGUCAGUGUGCACAUGUUUUGGGUGGGUAGCGGCGCAGUGGUUAUUGGGAAAAAGCAUAUCACUGUCCUCUUAUUCUAGUUAUUCCUCAACUCUUGUGACCAGUUUCCUCUCCAUAUACUCCUCUUUCUCACUCCUGCUAGUUACCGCUUCAAUUAUGGCGUCCCUAUGCCUAAAUGAAAGUCACUGACCUCAUAUUAAUACACAGUAAUUAUCUUCGCUGCUGCUAAAAGCCUCCGAGCUCAGCUUUUACUUUG